GUCGCAGGCUGUCGUAGCAAAGGACCUCCGUCCCUUAGGGUCUCGUAGCAGUCUCUGUAGAGUAGAGUAGGUAGCCCCGCCCGGCGGCGCGAAGGGCGAUUCCUUUCGUCGCGCCUUUCGGAUUCCACCGAAAUUUUGUUCAAACCAAACCGAAAACAGAGUGCGGGAGAUAUAAAGAUAGAUAUGAAUAACUUCCGAGGGAGGUGAAAACGGACGAAGUGGUUUCUCGUCGAGAUCCGAGGGAGGGAGGAAGGUAUUCGUCUACUCCUACCAUGGCGCUGCUGGCGCUGCAGCGGCUCAUGACCCUGCAGCGCGACCGGCAGCGGCGUCGCCGGCAAGUCCGAGCCCGGAAUGGAUUGAUUGCUUCAGUGGAUAAAAGAAAGGGCUCGCCCUGUCAACAAGAUGGUGAUGGUGAUUCUCAUGCUGGCAAAAUAAUGAGAUAUUCGAUCCCAGACCUUCCUGAGGAUAUUUGGCGCCAUAUACAUUCCUUAUUGCCACUGCGUGAUGCUGCUCGUGCUGCUUGCCUGUCUCAUGCCUUUCUACAUUCCUGGAGAUGUCUUCCCAACCUCACCCUGAAUAGGGAUGUGCUUUGCUCGGAAGCACAUGCGUGCGGAGGGAAAUUCAGUGACAAAAUUGAUCGCAUUCUGAGAAAUCACUCAGGCUGCUUGAAGAUAUUCGAGCUUGAUUUAGAUGAUCUCUCCUGCCGUUAUCUUGACAGUUGGCUUCGUGUUGCUGUUACACCAGGGAUUGAAGAACUCACCCUUAGGCCAUAUAGACGCAAGUACAACUUCCCAUGCUCACUUUUAUCUGAUGGGGUCAGGAACUCCAUUCGGUAUCUUGAACUUGGCUUUUGUGCCUUCCGCCCCACAGCUGAACUUGGCCCCCUGAGAAGCCUAACAAGUCUGUAUCUGCGUGCUGUGCAUAUUACGGGGGAUGAAUUAGAGUGCCUUCUUUCCAAUGCUCUUGCUUUGGAGCAGUUCGUCCUCAUUUAUUGCAAGGAGAUAAUUUGCCUGAAGAUACCUUGCAUGUUGCAGCAGCUCAGCUACCUGAAGGUUAUUGGAUGCUGGAGGCUGCAGGUUAUAGAGAGCAAAGCUCCAAAUCUCUCCAAUUUUUUCCUUAGUGGAAAAAUUUUAAAACUCUCACUUGGAGAGACAUUGCAAAUGAAGAACCUAACUAUGUACCAUUCAAACGUUGUCUGUUAUGCUCGUGCUGAGCUGUCGUCCACUAUGCCAAAUCUUGAGACUGUUGUCUUAAGUUCAGGAGAGGAGGUGGUCAAUACACCAAUGCUGCCUACCAAAUUCCUCUACCUCAAGCACCUGUCCAUUUAUAUGAGAUCAGGAUUGACCUUUUCCCCGUCCUAUGAUUAUUUUUCUCUGGUUUCUUUCCUUGACGCGUCUCCUUCCUUGGAGACUUUGAUCUUGGAUGUAGCUCAGGUACUUAUGAAGCACGAAUCAGUUUUUGGAGGCUCCUCACAUUUGAGGCAGAUGCCUGAACACCGCCAUUGCUACCUCAAGAGUGUCAAGAUCACAGGGUUCAGCUCUGCGAAGGGCUUGGUUGAGCUAGCAUGUUAUAUUCUCAAGAACGCAGUGUCACUUGAGUGUCUGACAUUGGACACCGAUUAUGGUUUUAGGUGUUCUGGAAAAAAUGAUACAACGUGCCUCCGCCUGAAUAACACUAUGCUCAGGGAAGCCCAUAGAGCAGUCACAGCUAUCAGAGCAUACAUUGAGGAUAAAGUUCCCUCUACAGUUAAGUUGACUGUUCUGGAGCCCUGCAGACGAUGCCAUGCUAGACGAGGAUGGCCGCUCCGUCUCCGUAAUAAGUUAUUGUAAUCGUGCAAUGUAUACUAUAGUUACUCAAUAAUGACGUGCAGUGAUAGAUUAUUCUUGAAGUGUGAUUCCGUCUACUAGUCAAUUUAGUACUUGAAACUAUAAUUAUCUGUUUGGAAAAAAGUGAUAGACUAGAUAAGUAAAUGAUGUUAAGAAAAUUAGAAAGAAAAUGAAUAUUAUUUGUUUGUACUCUGAAAUGUGAACAAUGGAUGAAUCGACGGUUUGUGUC